CGAGCGCACGCAGGGGCGCGCCGGUGACCGGGCCGGACGGGCUGCGGAGGCGCCGGUCGCGAGCACGCGAGGCCAAGGGCCGGACGGCCACCGGAGAGCACAGCGUGCCCGGUGCGGGGAGGGACCCGCCACCCGCGGCCCCCCACGCGGGGACAGCGAUGCGGUGCGCCCCGAUAUCCCGGUAGCCUUGGAUCUGCGGCGGUGAUGGAUGAGCCGUGGUGGGAAGGGCGCGUCGCCUCGGACGUCCACUGCACCCUACGCGAAAAGGAACUGAAGCUUCCUACCUUCCGUGCCCACUCCCCGCUCCUGAAGAGCCGUCGGUUUUUUGUAGACAUUCUGACCCUGCUGAGCAGACACUGCCAUCUGUGCCCCUCAGCCCGGCACCUGGCCAUCUACCUGCUGGACCACUUCAUGGACCAGUACAACAUCACCACCUCCAAGCAGCUGUAUACUGUGGCUGUCUCCUGCCUCCUGCUGGCAAGUAAGUUUGAGGACAGGGAAGACCGUGUGCCCAAACUGGAGCAGAUAAACAGUACAAGGAUCCUGAGCAGCCAAAACUUUUCCCUCACCAAGAAGGAGCUUCUGACCACAGAACUCCUGCUCCUGGAGGCUUUCAGCUGGGAUCUCUGCCUGCCCACACCUGCCCACUUUCUGGACUACUACCUCUUGGCCUCCAUCAGCCAGAAGGACCACCACUGCCACACCUGGCCCACCACCUGUCUCCGAAAGACCAAAGAGUGCCUCAAGGAGUAUGCCCACUACUUCCUGGAAGUUACCCUGCAGGAUCAUAUCUUUUACAAAUUCCAGCCUUCUGUGGUUGCCGCAGCCUGUGUUGGGGCCUCCAGGAUCUGCCUUCAGCUCUCUCCCUACUGGACCAGAGACUUGCAGAGGGUCUCGAGCUACUCCCUGGAGCAUCUCAGCACAUGUAUCGAGAUCCUGCUGGUAGCAUACGAUAAUGUCCUCAAGGAUGCCGUUGCAGUCAAGAGCCAGACAUUGGCCAUGGUGCCCGGCACAUCACCAGCUCCCACCCAAGUGCUGUUCCAACCACCUACCUACCCUACACUUAGCCAACCGCCACCAACACUAGCCCAGUUCCAGAGUCCAGCGCAAGACCUGUGCUUGGCUUACCGAGACUCACUGCAGGCUCACCGCUCAGGAACCCUGCUCUCAGGAGACACUGGCCCAUCCCUCCACACCCCAUACCCAGCCCUCCAGCCCUUGGAUAUGUGUCCUGUGCCUGUCCCUGCAUCCCUUAGCAUGCAAAUGGCCAUUGCAGCUGAACCCAGGCACUGUCUUACCGCCACCUAUGGAAGCAGCUAUUUCAGUGGGAGCCACAUGUUCCCCACAGGUUGUUUUGACAGCUAGGCCACAUUUGGACCACGUGGAGAAUCCUGGAAGACCCAGACUGAAGAAGUGGACACACCUAAGAGGGAGAGCUCAGCCAGGUGAGGCAAAGAACAUGGUUUACCCUUCAAUAGUGAGGUCUGUGUACUUUACAACAAACAAACAAACAACCCAGAGCCAAACAUCCAGGGACAUACCUCACCCAAUAGCAUCUCUCUGGGAAACCUCUUCCAUGUGUGCAUGGAGGACAAAGACAUGGUGCUGUGGCCAUUCCCUUGAGCUGGAGAAUCCAAUGGAGCACAUCAGACUUGGUAAGAAGCUUGGACAUUGAGGACUGCAUAAAGAUCAGUAACACAUCCGGGCUUUUCAAAGACUACUGUUCACACUUAUGCCACUGAAAAAGAAGGGGUAGCCGGGCAGUGGUGGCACACACCUUUAAUCCCAGCACUCAGGAGGCAGAGGCAGGCGGAUCUCUGUGGGUUCAAGGUCAGCCUAGUCUACAGAGCAAGUUCCAGAACAGCCAGGAACUGUCUGGAGAAGAGAAAGAAAGAGAGGAAGAAAGAAAGAAAGAAAGAAAGAAAGAAAGAAAGAAAGAAAGAAAGAAAGAAAGAAAGAAUCGACACGUCUGUGUGCCUAGAAGAUGCAUCUUGUGUGUGUGUUUUUUGGUUUUUUUGUUUUGUUUUGUUUUUUUGCUUAGCUCCACACCAAGGGCCCCAUUGCCCAUGUUUAUGCCUGAGCACUGGCCCCAUGAGGCACAGCGGCUAUCUUGCCCUUUGUUUUUGAACCCAAAACCUUUUUUGCCCUUCUAGAUAUUUCACAUGCUGCUGUUUCCCGGAACAAUCUAGCUUUCUAUCCUGCAGAAACAUCUUGUUUACAUACUUCAUCAGGGAUUUUGUGAUACUUGAAAAUUUCGUAGGAGAAAGAAGUUUGAAUUGCCGCACUGUCUGUCCCACAUUGAGGCUGUAUCUUUUAUUAACCCAUCCUGUAAGCAAUUGAUGGAUAACAACCAUGGGAGAACGCCUCCCCAGAUCUCAGCUCUGAAGAGUCCACCCUUGGGAUGCUAGGUUUCACCUGUUGAACUUGGAUCACUGCCCCCUGGUGGGGGAAUGUUGCUGAAAGGACGACAAAGGUUUAAACCGGUCCUCGUUUCCCUCUGUGCUUGUAGUGCUAAUGUUAAACCGACCCCGGCUUUGAGUUUGGCCAAUGGUAAAGAGUAACGAUGCUGUGGAUAUCUGAGAAGUGGGGGAUUGAACAUGCUGUAUGAACCAGCAUUGACAGGCCAGGGAUUGCUGGAGCAAAAGCCAGUGUCUGGGGAUCCGCAGUAGGAGGGCUCAGGAAGACUGUCACCAUGUGCAAUAUGUUAUGUCUCUGACUCAUAGCCUGUGCUUAGGAUAUUCUUGUGGUUGAGUUUUGGGUUUUUUUGUUUUUGUUUUUGUUUUGGUCAGGGGACAUGCUGUUCACCCAUCAGAACUGGGAGGGAGGUGCAAAAGGCCACAGAAACAAAUUUUAGUUUUGUUUUUGAGAAGAUUGCAUCUUGGUUUUCUGUUGUUUUUCUCUUUUUGGGGGGAGGGUACUUUUAUUUAGAGACAGGUCUAACGUAGCUAAGGCUAUCGUCAAACAGUAUAUAGCUGAGGCUGGUCUUGAACUCCUGAUCCUCUUGCUUCAGCCUUCCAUGUAUGCCCCCGCCCCUUGCCUCCCAUCUUGGUUCUCCUUGACACAUUUGCCAAUCCAAGAACCAUGGCAGAGACUGCCAGGAAGGAGGCCGCAAGCUGUGAGUCAGAUUCAACCGCGAUGGGACUUUUCUGAGCAGGUGAAUGUCUCGUGGAAACAGAAUAGGGAAAGAGCUGGAUACAGAUGGGGCGCUGCCAUUUUGUCAGUUAGCAUAGGAACCUGCACAUUUGUUUGUUAUUUUUUGUGUUUUUACUCCCACCCUCCAUCCCCUACACCAGCCUCUUUGUAUUUAUGUGCAACUGGUUUGGAGUCCAAGUUAUUCUGUCUGUCUGCUCUGGAUUGGGGUUUGUGAGAAGCAUCUCCAUUGGGGCCCCAGAGGUAGCCUGAUUUCCAGGACCAGAUGUCCUGCAAUAAAAACACAUCACCUA